UGCGAAAGCACUCUACGCAAAAAGACCUACUGCGCUUCACUCGCACGAGUGGCUCGCACAGCCCAUUCUCGCCGCUAUGUUGGUGACUGCCGUGCCACUCGCACUCACGUUAUGUCUUGUCACUGCGCUGUUCAUAUGGCGGCGAAAUCACUUCAACUACUUCAAGAAGUUGGGCAUACCGGGUCCGGAACCAAGCCUGAUAUGGGGAAACCUUGUAGAGUACCACUCCAUGGAAAGCUACAAGGUUCUUGGUAAAUGGAUUGAAAAAUAUGGCAAUACGUUCGGGUUCUUCAAUGGUGAUGCUCCUUUCAGCGUUACAAACGACCUGGAUUUUAUAGAAUACGUGUUCGUACGUAACUUCCAAAACUUCGUGGACCGUGGUUUUACAAUGAUGACAGACCAGAUGCAUCCCGUGCUAGGAAAGUCCGUCAUGCAUGUCGGUGGCCUCGAGUGGAAGAACAUCCGAAGCACAGUCUCCUGCAGCAUGAGCGCUGCCAAAUUGAAGCUGAUGAUGCCACACCUCGAAGAAAACGCAGACAUCUUCAUAAAGUCUUUGGAAGAGUACGCCGACACGGGCAGGGAGGUUCACAUGAUGCCAAAAUUCGAGCAGCUCUCCAUGGACUACACGGCCCGAGGGGCGUUCGGCAUCGAGGAGCAUUUCCAGGGGCAACCCGACCAUCCGCUUCUAAAGCUCGGCAAAAGUGUCUUUAAGGGCAUCAUGAAGGGACCACUGCACAUGAUAGCACAGAGCACAACAAAUUUAAGAAGAUGGAUGAAGCCAUUUUACUGGUUUACUGUGCUAAUAGGAGAUUUCACGUUCGCGAAAAUCGCCAGGGAGACGACGAAAAUAAUAGCAAUGAGGAAGGAAGACCCCACGCUUAGAAAGCCCGAUAUACUUCAGAAUCUGAUUGACGCGGAGUACGCAAAUGACACUGCGGAAAGAAGCGGUGCACGGAACUCGAACGGAUUUUCCCCAGCGAAGAAGGCGUCGGCGCAUGCAAUAGCCACUAGCGCAAGCGUAGUGUUCAUCGGCGGGUUCGAGACGACUUCUACAGCACUGUGCUACAUCGCUUUUACCCUCGCGAAGUACCCGGAUAUUCAAGAAAAGCUUCGCGAAGAAGUCUUGGAAGCCUUGUCUACAUCGGGCACGCUUGAUUACGAGACCGUCAUGCGGAAAAUGAAAUACCUCGGUCAUGUUUUGGACGAAACGCUGCGGUUGUAUCCGCCGGGACUGCUAUUUGUGACGAGGCAAGCCAAAGAAGACUUCGAGUACAACGGCACCACGUUCAAGGCCGGAACUGCGUUUAUGGUGUCGCAGUACCACUUACAAAGGGAUCCUCAGUAUUGGCCUAACGCGGAAGAGUUCGACCCGGAAAGGUUCGCCCCGGAAAAUGAAGCCAUGUUGCGGAAGACCGCGCAUGUGCCGUUCGGAAUAGGACCUCGAAACUGCGUUGGAAGGAGGCUAGCAUUGCUGAGCCUUAAGUACACUGCCGCCAGAAUGGUGCAGAAAUAUCGCCUGGAACUGGGAAAGUCUCAGAUGGGUUCCAUGGAAAUCGGCGCUUACGGUAUGGUCUCGACUCCUGCUAGGGGACCGUGGAUAAAAUUUUAUCGAGUGUGAAGGAGACAGAUCGUCGUCAUGCGUGGAAUCCGCAUGUUACAGCAGCAGCAGAACUUUAUGCUGAUCAAGGCAUUCCCGGUGACAAUGUGUCCAGCUUCUUCGUGUGCUCAAUGCGUGCAACUGUGCUCUAUACAGUGCGUAUGAUCUGCAAUGUUUAAAAAUAAAUCUUCAUUACCUCGUCCAAUUAUGUGUAUAUUAUAUAUCGCCGAUAUGUCAGCAACAUGUCCUUGUA